UCGAAGAAGCAUUUUAAAAAUAAAAAUACAUUAAUUAUAUAUGCCAAUCUUUUAAAUAAGCCGCUGAAAAAACUGACAUCACUGGUGGCGACUGCCAGCCAAGCUUAAGUCCAAUUUCCAUUCAGUCCGCAAUCGUCGGUUUUGCCAACCAAACGUGCUUCAUUUUCUAUCAAUCGACGCUUCGCACACCGCUCCUUUCCGUACACCUUCCGAUUCCGACUCCGAGUCCGGAUCCGAGUCCAGGAUUGGGAUUCAGCUGAUGGUGAAUCGGGGCUCGCCAGUCGAAUUUCGCGGAGAAUGCAACAGGAUUAGCAGCACAGGACUAGCAGCCAGCCACUGACGAGGGAUCCUGUGAGUGCGACGCAUGUAACGGAAUCCGGUGGCACAUCGAUACGGUGCGAAACAAGCCAAAGGAGCGCUUGAGAAGCGUGGAAAUUCGAGAGUUAGAAGUCAGGAGUCAGUAGCCAGGAGCAACAAAUACCAGAACAGGACGAGAACAAAAUAUACAAACAAACCGAGCUUGGGCCAUUCAACAACCUCCUCUCGACGCGGCCGUAUCGAUUUUCCGUUACAUCGUUAUACACACACGCACUUGGCCCACUGCCAUUACGCAUACGCCCCGUUGCCACCCCCGAAAGAGAGGGGCCACCGCUCACUCACACACACACACACACAUCUAGGCAGCUGGGACUCCCCCAGAGAGGCGAGAGACGACAGAGAGAGAGAGUGAGCGAAUUUGUUGCAUCUCGGCGGCACUGGAAGCAUGUUUCAUUUGGCACUCGCUAGCCGCGGACGGACUAACCAUUUAGGGCUACAGCAAUAGCCAUUGUAAAUAGCAGUCAUCAUCAGCAUCAGAGAUCGCGACAACCGCCUGCCAUCCGGGACUUUCACUCUUUGCCAGAGAUCACUUGAGAAACCCCCAACGAGACCGCGAUCCACCAGCAGGUGUUCAGCAUGGCGAGGCUUCAGUUGCAGACAGGACAGGUGGCGGCCGUGGCGGUGCUGCUGCAGGGACUCCUCCAGGUGCUGAUGAUGGGCCAAACAGUGGCCCAGGGCCCACCGCCGCUGCAGGUGUGCCCCGAGCAGGGCGAGAUUUCGCCUUGCAUCUGCACGGUGAAAAAGAACGGCCUGGAUAUUCUCUGCGAGACCACGGACCUGGCGCACAUCACCAAGUCAAUGGGCACGCUGAAGGGCAAGAGCCCGAUCAUCUUUUACCUAAAGCUGCGCCACAACAACCUGCCCAAGCUGCAGGGCUUCGUCUUCCUGGCCCUGGACAUCCGCCACCUAACCAUUCACAACAGCAGUCUGGCGGCCAUCGAGGAGAAUGCCCUCAGCUCGCUGGGCAACGGACUCACCCAGCUGGAUGUUUCUCUUAACCAAAUGAAGACGGUGCCCUCGCAGGCUCUGCAGCACCUGUUCCACCUGUUGAUCCUUAAUUUGAACCACAACAAAAUCAGCGUAAUCCAUAACAACGCCUUUGAAGGCCUGGACACCCUGGAGAUUCUGACGCUCUACGAGAACAAGAUUACACAGAUCGAUCCCGAGGCUUUCCGUGGACUCGAGGGCAAAUUAAAGCGUCUCAAUCUGGGCGGCAACGAUCUGAGCAGUGUUCCCCAGAAAGCCCUGUCCAUUCUGGACACGCUCAAGAAGCUGGAGAUACAGGAGAACAAGAUACGAACCAUUAGCGAGGGCGAUUUCGAGGGCUUGCAGAGCUUGGACUCAUUGAUUUUGGCCCACAACAUGAUCACCACCGUGCCUGCCAAUGUCUUCUCCCACCUCACCCUGCUCAACUCCCUGGAGCUGGAGGGCAAUAAGAUCAGUUCCAUUGACAAGGACGCCUUCAAGGGUCUGGAGGAGAACCUGCAAUAUCUGCGUCUGGGUGAUAAUCAAAUCCACACCAUUCCCAGUGAGGCACUGCGUCCUUUGCACCGCCUUCGCCAUUUGGAUUUGCGCAAUAAUAAUAUCAAUGUUAUCGCCGAGGAUGCCUUUACUGGAUUCGGAGAUUCCCUUACUUUCCUCAACUUGCAGAAAAAUGACAUCAAAGUCUUACCUAGCGUUUUAUUUGAGAACCUCAACUCUUUGGAGACGCUCAAUCUGCAAAACAACAAGCUGCAGCGCAUUCCACAAGACAUCAUGGAGCCUGUCAUCGACACCCUACGCAUCAUCGAUAUCACCGAUAAUCCGCUGAAUUGCUCGUGCGAGCUGACCUGGUUCCCCAAGCUGCUGGAGGACCUGAAGAACAAGGACGACGAAAUGUCGCAGAAGAAGAAGCCGCUGUGCCAUAUGGGGCUGGACAAUCGCGAGUACUUCGUGCAGGCCAUGCCCACCGAGAAGAUGCACUGCGCCGGCCUCAAUGUGAGUCCCUCGCCCACCAGCGGCGGUCUGAUGCGGAUCCUGCAAGUGAACAUCCUGGCCCAGAUUGCCGUGUGUAGCGUGGCGUUUCUGACUAGCGUCUAAUGCCUGUCCAGCCAUGUUCUAUGUGGGUCAGUUUCAGCUUCAGUUUCAGUUCCACCCAGACACAGUCAGAGAUCAGUGAUAGUUCCAGUUCCAUUCGGUCUGAUUCGACACAUGUCCAGUGGCAAGCCAAAAGAUAACUAAAUCCAAACCAGACCCCAACCACAGACCAUCCUUCGUACCAUUUCCCUGCUGUUGUUGUAUUGUAUGUUUUCUUAUAGAUUGUAGAGAAACCGUGAAUUAUGCAACUCUGCCAAUAAUUAGACUCAGAAAGCACGCUUUUUGAACGACAAGCAAGCAAGUCAGCAAGUCGGCCAGCCAGCAGACAGCAUCCCAACCCACCUUGUUGAAUCGAGGCACCUGCGGCGGCCAUCCAACAUCCACGAUCCAAGAUCCAAGAUCCACCCCAUCCAAACUUGCACAGUAGCUCGACUCGAAGGGGAACUGCUGGAACUGAUGGGUCAGCAGGAGAAGUCCCAGACCCCAGAUCCAGUCCCAGCGUAGAUGUAAGGCUUGAUUUAGGCACAAGUGCUCCGGCACUCAGCGCACCCAAGCGAAACUCAAACAUAUCGGAAUAUUGUUAAGUUUAAGAGUGGGAUAAAAAGGAUAUUGUGCAUGCAUAUAUGUGCACCCAUUUACCAUUUAUAUUACGUGUAGUCUAUCGUCGUCUUGUCGUCGGUGUUGUGAGAUACAAUCAUUACUACUCACCUGUUUACAGUCCUUCCUCCGCACCCGAGACCCAACCCCAAAGCAAUCUCACCUAGUCGAAGUAUCUGUAACCCUAAACCCAACAAUAACUAAUUUGUGGCUCCUUUUUGGGUUCAGCGGAAGGAAAACACGCAUGAGGAAACCAAGAGAAGAAAGUAAUAUUCAUUUGCAUCAAUCACCAAGAACUGAUUAUGGAAUAAGUAGUUUGUACUCUUUAUUUGCCACAAACGAGGGGCAAGUACUCCAUCCUAAUACCCCCCAGUUCCCAACUCCCUUUUCCCCCUAAACACAAAUCGAGAAUACAUAUCGUUAUUAUAUUGUUAUUAUAUCGUGACAUAUCAGGAGCUAGCAAGCUCAACACGGCUAAAAUAGUGACAUUUUAUAGAAUUUACAUUUACUUACAUUUACGAGUACAUUUUUGAGGCAUCGCAGAGAGACGAGUUUGAUAUAUUUACGCCACAAAUCGCGAGAUUGGAAUUAGAGCAAGAAAUUUGUAUAUGCAAAGUGUGUGGAAUUUUUGAAAUUUUUUUAUACAUAUACUUUUAUACACACAUACAUACGUACCUUUUCAAUUAUGUCUAUGCAAAAGCUAAGUUGUAAUUCGCUAUAAUUAAUUGUAAUUGCACCUCAUCCGCUGUCGCUUUUGAUUCGCCACCUCCCAGCCCCCCUCCAUCCGUCGGCCGGCUUGGGUCAGUAGCCGGCUCCCGGUGGUCGGGGUCUUGGGAGCGGGGCAGGAGCAAAGUGGAAGCGGAAGCGGCAUCAAGAAUAUCUCCUAGGGAACGCGCUGCAUCGCCGAUUCGGGUCAGUUGCCAACGGCUAAAGCCGUUUCCUUCGAUAUAUUCAGCCUAGUGCACUCUCCAUGCGAGCUAAGCUGUCCGAGAAUUCGGGGAGAAUCCGAGAAUCUAACUAAUAAAGAAUCCAUGUUGGUUACAAA